UUAAGAAUAAUAGUAGAAGAUUCUUCUUCAAUCAAUAAAAUGGUCACGUCACUUCUCAGAUGUGUGCUUUGCCAACAAUGCAGUGCACAUGGAUCGCGAAGCAGUAAAGCUUCUUCGCACCGAGUAACAAUCGAAUCAUGCCAAAUUCCAAAAGCAGGCACCCUCUCCAACUUUUGACUCUUAACCAUUUGCUUUCCUCAGUUGAACAAGUCUUCCACUCGCAGCUACUGUGUCUUCACGCGUUCAGUGCACAGCUACCUUGCACCAUCUACUUGAUCUGAGAAGAGCGCUGCAGAUUUUUCAUCCAUAGUCAAGCUUUUCACCCAACUGUUGCGACCAGUCUCUUGCUUGGAUCAUGAAGUACCGUCGCCAACACAAAAGCCUAUUUUGCAUCUCGAUUCUCAGCCCUUUCUACUUCCUUCUUUUGCAAUGCUUCUCGACCGUCACCGCCAGUAAUUAUGCAGCGACUUACAACCCCACAGAUAACAUAGCUCUUGAUUGUGGCUCAUCUGGAAACUCAACUGCAUCAGAUGGCCGGGCAUGGACAGGGGAUAUUGGCUCAAUUUUGGCCACUUUGCAGCCUCUUGACACUACCAUAGCUGCUAGGGCCAUUCGCCAAGGUCCGGUUGAGGGCAUCCCUUACUUAACCGCUCGCAUGUCCUCUUCCCAAUUCACCUACACGUUCCUCGUCAGUGCCGGCCUAAAAUUUGUCCGAUUGUACUUCUACCCAAGUUGGUACCCAGGUUUCGACAGGUCUAAGGCCUUGUUUUCCGUCAAAUCAGGGCCUUUCACUCUUCUCAGCAACUUUCGCGCUGAUCUUGUUGCUGAUUCUUUGGGCUUGGAAUAUUUUGUUAGAGAAUUUUGCAUCAACGUGGAGGAGAAUCAGUUACUGAAUUUAACAUUCAGUCCAUCUCCAAGUUCUUCAAAUGAUUCCUAUGCCUUUGUCAAUGGAAUUGAAAUCGUCUCAAUGCCCCACAACCUCUACUACACGCCAGCAGGUGCUGAUGGGAUCCCGUUUAUUGGCCAAACAUAUUUUUAUGAAAUUGAAAACAUCACUGCGCUUGAGACCAUGUACCGGUUAGACGUUGGAGGGCACUCCAUCUCCCCAACAGGAGAUUCCGGCAUGUUCCGAUUCUGGUCUGAUGAUAAUCAGUUUUUCAUGGGUGGAGGAGUAAUCCCUGACAAGGCAAAUAGUACAAUCAAAUACACAAAAGAAACCCCUGCAUAUAUUGCACCUGCAGAAGUCUACCAAACGUCCCGAUCAAUGGGUCCUAACAAGACGUGGAAUAUGAGGAACAAUCUGACAUGGGUAUUACCUGUUGAUUUGGGGUUCAGGUAUCUGGUCAGGCUCCACUUGUGCGAAACAAAUCGGGCCAUAACCCAGGUGAGCGAUAGGCAGUUCAUUAUUUAUAUAGAUGGUGAGAUGGUUGAUGAAGCUGCCGAUGCCAUUAUCUGGAGUGGCGGUAAUAGUAUACCGGCAUACAGAGACUAUCUUGCAAUGAUUGGAUUUGAAGGAACACAAGGUAAGUAUAAUCUCUCUAUUGAUCUACACAGUCGAGCUGGCUUCAGUGUUUACGUUGAUGCAGUCUUAAAUGGGAUCGAAAUAUUUAAGUUAAACAGCACUACCGGCAGUCUCGCAGGACCCAACCCCGAACCUCCCAAAACCAUAUUUCUGACUGAGCCAUCUCAACUGACCAUAAAAGGAUCAUCAAAUAAGAAAACAACGUUCAUUGCUGUGGGUGUGAUUGUCACGGUCGGGUUAGUAUUGCUGUCACUGCGACUUUACACCAUGUUCCGGCUACAAAGGGAGUCCAAGGACCAUGGCUACAAAUUGAAGUUUACUGAGACAAAAGCCUCACUGCUUCCGUGGGAAGUCUGUCACCAGUUUUCGAAAGCCGAGACGAAAGAAGUCACCCACGUGUAAGAUGUAGUCUCAAAUCUGAACAUGAAUGUGGUACAUGUAAUGUAUAAGUCUAAUAAAACCAAGACUAUGCUUCUUAGUUUGUUAGAAUUAUGUUUCCUAAUAUUUGAGUUCUAUUCUCUUUGAGAUUUGGAAUUUUAGUUUUAUUGCGGGUUUGUUUUAUGAUAGAAUUAGGUUUUUAUAAUUGUUACAUAAUAUAAUAAUAUAAAGUAUGUUGGUAAA